UUAGUUUAUCUUACUUGGUUACUAAUAACAUGUUCCCAGUUCUUAUUGUUGUUUUAUUUUCCUUGUCAUGGAAAGUUAGUGAUUCAACUCAGCCAGCUGAGGAAUUUCUUCAUUGCCUUUCCCUUCGUUUUCACAACUCUUCUUCCAUAUCAGAACUCGUUUACGCACAACAUAAUUCAUCAUACUCCUCUGUUUUGAAGUCAUCAUCUCAAAAUUUCAGGUUAUCAACACCAUCUACGCCUACACCUUUGGUCAUCAUAACACCACUCCACGCAUCCCACAUCCAAGCAACAGUUCAUUGUUGCAAAAAACAUGGACUGCAACUCAGAAUUCGAAGUGGGGGUCAUGAUUUUGAGGGUCUUUCUUAUACUACAACUUAUGAAGUUCCGUUUGUGGUGAUCGAUUUGUUGAACCGUCGAUCCGUUCGGAUUAAUGUUGAAAAAGGUACAGCAUGGGUUGAAUCCGGUGCAACAGUUGGUGAAUUGUACUAUGAAAUUGCUAAGAGAAGUAGAACGCUUGCCUUUCCUGCUGGUAUUGGACACACCGUGGGUGUUGGUGGGCAUUUGAGUGGAGGUGGCUUUGGCUUAUUAUUUCGAAAAUAUGGUCUUGCUGCUGAUAAUGUAAUCGAUGCUCGUUUAAUUGAUGUUAAAGAGAGAAUUCUUGAUAGAAAAUCAAUGGGAGAAGAUUUGUUUUGGGCCAUUCGAGGUGGUGGUGGGGGUAGCUUUGGGGUAGUCAUUGCUUGGAAAUUGAAAUUAGUCGCAGUUCCAGCUAUUGUUACUGUUUUUACAGUGAGCAAAACGUUAGAGCAAAAUGCGACCAAACUUGUUCAUCGAUGGCAGUAUAUUGCGCACAAGCUUCCCAAAGAAAUCCAUAUGAGCAUCGGUAUAUCAAGGGUGAAAUCAAAUGAAAAUGAGAAGAUGACAAUUCAAGCAAGUUUUAGAGCUGUAUUUCUUGGAAGCAUUGAUGAGCUUCUUCCAUUGAUGGAAGAGAAAUUCCCUCAACUCGGAAUAGUGAAAGAAGAUUGCUUUGAAAUGGGUUGGGCUGAAUCUAAUCUUUACUCUACCCAAUUUCCAAUCGGAGUACCAUUGGAAACUUUACUCAAUAGGAACCGUAAGUCAAUUCUUUCAAAAUUGUUCUUUAAAGCAAAAUCUGAUUAUGUAAAACAGCCUAUUCCUGAAACAACAUUUGAAGGAUUGUGGCCCAAGUUUUACAAGGAAGAAGCGAAAUCAGCAAUUAUGGUAUUUGUGGCUUAUGGAGGGAAGAUGGAUGAGAUUCUCGAGACUGAAACUCCAUUUCCUCACAGAGCUGGCAACCUCUACAGCAUAUCAUACGUGGUGGAUUGGGAAGAAGAGGAAAAUAAAAACUCUGAGAAGUUCAUGAGUUGGAUAAGGAGAAUUCACAAUUACAUGACGCCAUAUGUUUCAAAAUCUCCGCGAGAAGUGUAUGUUAAUUUCAGAGACCUUGAUAUUGGGACUAAUGAAAUUAAUGACAAAGAAAAUAGCCACGAACAAGCCAAGAUUUGGGGUAUUAAAUACUUUAAAAACAAUUUUGACAGGUUAGUGCAUGUAAAAACAAUGAUUGAUCCUGAAAAUUUCUUUAGGCAUGAACAAAGUGUCCCUCCUCUUCCAUGUUUGUUGAAGAAGGGAGCAAACUCGAACAGCUUGGGAAGCUUGUAA